AUGAGUUUCUUGCGAAAUAUUCUUCUCGCGCUGGGGGCGACACCGGCAGCUCUGGCAGCUGGUGGUGAUGGCCUGGAGUCGUGUCUGAACUCCGCACUGACUGGAGGCGGCAAUGUCGCUUUCCCCAGCGACCCGUUAUACCAGAUCUCGGAUGUGAGCCCAUACAACCUGAAUAUUCCCGUGACCCCGGCUGCCGUGGCCUUCCCUACUUCAUCGGCGCAGGUUGCUGCCAUUGUGAAAUGUGCCGCAGACCGUGGAUACCAUGUCCAGGCCAAGAGCGGUGGUCAUAGCUAUGGAAACUAUGGCCUUGGUGGAACGGACGGAGCAAUUGUUGUCGACCUCAAAAAUAUUCAACAGUUUUCCAUGGACGAAACUACAUGGCAGGCGACCAUUGGAGCCGGUACUCUGCUGGGGGAUGUGACGCAACGUCUAUCUGAUGCCGGAGGACGAGCAAUGUCGCAUGGAACUUGUCCACAGGUUGGCUCGGGCGGACACUUUACAAUUGGCGGUUUGGGUCCUACCUCGCGACAGUUCGGUGCGGCUCUGGACCACAUUAUCGGGGCUGAAGUGGUGUUGGCCAACUCGAGCGUUGUGUGGGCCUCCGAAACUGAAAACCAAGAUGUUUUCUGGGCUAUCAAAGGUGCUGCGUCUGGGUUUGGAAUUGUCACCGCAUUCAAGGUCCGGACCGAGCCCCAGCCCGGCACUGCCGUGCAAUACACCUAUUCCUUGGACAUUGGCACCGCGGAGAUGCGCGCCACCCUAUUCAAGCAGUGGCAAGCCUACAUGUCCAACCCUGACCUGACCUGGAAGCUGGCGUCUACGCUCACUUUGCUUGAGGAAACCCUGAUCAUCACGGGGACUUUCUUCGGGAGUAUGGAGGAAUUUGACAAGCUAGGUAUUGACGAUCACUUCCCUGGCGCCAAUGGCAGUGCCGUCGUCAUUGAGAGCUGGCUGGGUCUGGUCGCGUCCUGGGCUGAGGACGCAGCUCUGGAGCUAGGCGGCGGUGUUCCCUCGAACUUCUACGCCAAGUCGAACUCGUGGACGAAAGACACAUUGAUGUCGGACGAGACAAUCGAUAAGCUCUUCAAUUACAUUGAGACUGCAGACAAGGGCUCCCUGGUUUGGUUCCUGCUGUUUGAUUUCCAGGGUGGUUUCACCAACACUAUUCCCACCCAUGCGACUUCGUACGCACAUCGCGAUGUUCUGUUCUGGCUGCAGUCGUAUACCAUCAACCUGCUGGGACCCGUUACACAGACUCAGAUCGACUUCCUUGAAAAUGUCAAUACGCUAGUCAGCACUGACGGUGCUCCCUAUGCCGCCUAUCCAGGCUACGUUGACCCCCUCAUGCCCAACGGGCCCGAGGCUUAUUGGGGCACCAACUUGGAGCGACUGCGCCAGAUCAAGGAAGACAUCGAUCCCAACAAUGUGUUCCGCAAUCCGCAGAGCCCUGCUCCGGCGUCUCAAUAG